ACCUCUUAUACACCCCUGCGGACACGCCAGCCGUUUCCUUGCGGGACUUUGCUCGACUCGGGGGGUGAAGAACAUGCCGCUGAGGGUCGUGAUGAAAGGGCCGGGGCCCUGGGGCUUCCGCCUCGUGGGGGGCAAAGACUUCGAGCAACCUUUGACCAUCUCCCGCGUGAACCCCGACAGCAAGGCAGCCGAGGCCAAUCUGUGCGUUGGAGACAUGAUCUUGGCCAUCGAUGGCGAGUCAACAGACGGCAUGACGCAUCUGGCUGCCCAGAACAAGAUCAAGGCCUGCGUUGAUGAAAUGGUUCUCUCCAUCGACAGGUCAGAGAGCAAAAUGUGGUCUCCGCUUUCAUCUGAAGAAGGGAAGACCAAUCCGUACAAGAUGAACCUAGCCUCCAAGCCACAAGAGGUAAAACACAUAGGAUCUGCCCACAACCGGAGCGCAUUACCAUUUUCUCCUGCCGGAUCCAGCCCCAAGGUGGUCACCAACCAGUACAACAACCCAGCUGGCCUGUACUCUUCUGAGAACAUCAAGAGCUUCAACAGUGCCGUGGAUGGGGCCAGAGGCUCUGGCACUGCUGAGCCCGGAAAAAACCCUGACCCUGCGAAACCAACGAGCGGAAGGCCGCCGAUAGCUGCGGACUCUGAGGUGUACAAGAUGCUGCAGGAGAACCAGGAGUCGAAGGAGCCUCCUCGGCAGUCGGCCUCAUUCAACGUGCUGCAGGAGAUCCUGGAGUCUGGAGAUUCUGACCGACCAUCUGGGUUCAGGAGUGUGAAAGCUCCGACCGCAAAGAUCGGCUCCUCUGUUGGAAAUGCAGACAAACUGCCCAUAUGCGACAAAUGUGGAUCGGGCAUUAUUGGCCUGGUGGUUAAACUUCGGGACAAGGUCCGUCAUCCAGAAUGCCUCGUCUGCACGGACUGUAACGUGAACCUCAAGCAGAAGGGCUACUUCUUCGUGGAGGACAAGAUCUACUGCGAGAAGCAUGCCCGCGAUCGCAUGGCCCCGCCUGAGGGGUACGACGUAGUCACAGUUUAUCCCAAGUAGAGCGGAAUGCCACCAGCGUCCCCGACCACGUUGUAAACGAUCCUCCUGAGUCUCUGCCAUACGGCUGCACGCCUUGCAAAGAAGCGCCGAAGAGGUCAUUUUGGUCCUCAAUAGAGUACUUCGAACAUUCCUUUAAAACAUGUUUCUCUUUCAAAGCUAAACAGUCUGUGCGGUUUACCUCGCAUCACUUUGGGACAGUCUUUGAUCCAGCACCACGAUUGGUUGCGAGUUCAGGCGCUUGCGAGAUUCUCUUUUGACAUCUGAACCCAAAGUGUGCUUUGAAGUUAGCUGAUAGUAGUAAAUUCCCUUUAGGAGUUACGAACAGGACCACUAAUGUAAAAUGUAUGAAUAAAGUAUAUUAUGUGGGCACGUUACCAGCUUCUAGCAAUAGAGUAGUCUAAUCACUGCUUUCUAAUGCUGACUUUCACCACUUUUUUUUUUAAUGAAAGCAAUUUGAUAUCUGAAUAAAUAAUUUUUUUUAAUCAAGUGUUUGCCUUCUUUCAUACUGUUGACAGGGAAUGAUUAUUUUUACAAAAAUUGAGACUGAAGUUAUGGCUGCAGGUUCCCCUUUUAAACUGGAAUGCACAUUUAACAGGAAUUUAACCAAAAGUGUGGUGUCUAUGUAGUUAAACAAUACUAGUACCGGUGUUGAAUGUAUUAAAAUGGAUUUAUACUUUAUGCUCGGUUUCUCUAUAGGAUGUGGACAUGACUGUGACUGAAUGUAAUUUUUUUUUUUUUUUUUUUUUUUUUUUCCCCCUCCCACCCUCAAUCUUACAUAUUGGCCAGAUGUAAGGUGUUGACAGACAAAACCCAUCAGCGGGUUGCUGUGCUGUAAACUGUUUGGUAUGGUUGUUUUCAAACUGCAAUAAAACUCCUCAUUGCAGAAA